UCCGGUCCAAAAAAUAGCGAUCCUGAAGAGAAUGUUGGAGCGCCUUGGAGUAGAAGAGGAGAUAAUCAACAACUACAAGGUCGACCAGGAACAUAAUCUCAAGGAACUACUGUAUGCUUUUCACCUGCAAUUGCAGGGGAAGAGAUAUCUGAUUGUGUUUGAUGAUGCCAGGGUUUCGUCUACUUGUGAUGGAAAAUGGGAUGCUCUUGCUUAUGGAUUGCCAAAAGGGUGUGGGGGAGCUGUGAUUGUCACCAGUAGGAAUGAGGAAAUAGCAAAAAAGAUGGUUGGCAGGGAGGGAAUCCUACAUCUCGUUCUGCCCCUUUCAGAACCAGAGAGCUGCUGGUCUAUAUUCAAAGAGGCGGCUGAACAAGACUUCAUUCCAUCUGAUGCGGAAAUUCAAAAGAGAGAAAUCUUUAAAAGAUGUGCGGGCCUGCCAUUGACUGCAAAAAUGAUGGGUGGGAUCAUCAAAAAACAACCGCCAGAGGGAGGAACUCCAAAAUGGAACCCAUCAACAAGUCCAGCAGGCAGCAGGGAGCAGCUCCAAAUGGAAGCCAUCAACAACUCCCAGAGGGAGCAACUCCAAAUGAAAGCCAUCAACAACUCCCAGAGGGAGCAGCUCUAAAUGGAAGCCUUCAACAACUCCCAGAGGAAGGCGGUCCAAAUGAAAGCCAUCAACAACUCCCAGAAGGAGCAGUUCCAAAUGGAAGCCUUCAACAACUCCCAGAGGAAGGUGCCCCAAAUGGAAACCUUCAACAAAAUGGAAGCCUUCAACAACUCCCAGAGGAAGGUGCCCCAAAUGGAAACCUUCAACAAAAUGGAAGCCUUCAACAACUCCCAGAAGAAGGUGCCCCAAAUGGAAGCCUUCAACAACACCCAGAGGGAGCAGCUCCAAAUGGAAGCCUUCAACAACUCCCGGGGGGAGCAGCUUCAAAUGGAAGCCAACCGUAACGGUAUUCUAUAUUGUAGUUCCUGCUUUUCUUGCUUUUGAUUUAUCUUCUUCGAAGUGUUUAGCUUUGUGUUGUCAUUUCCUAUUGAAAUCAGAUAAAUGUUGCCUUUG